AUGAAUAACAGCGUGGAGGAGUUUUUGGCGCAGACGCAGCGCGGGCUGGACACGCAACAGCCGCCGCGACCUCGUUCCCACGACUCGCGCGACACCGAACGAGAUGUCCGAGAUCGAGAACGAGAGCGGGACCGGGACUUCAGAGACCGAGACCGUGAGCGAGACCGCGAGCGGGACCGGUACCGUAACCAGCGGUGGCGUCGACGGGACGACUCGGUGGACCGUGAGCGGGAGCGAGAACGACACAGAGAUCGAGAUUAUCGAGAUCGCGGCGAUCGAGGAGAUCGAAGGGACAGAUACAGCAGAGAUGGAGGUAGAGACCGACGGGACCGACGGGACGACGAUCGCACACGUGACAGACCACGUGAUCGAGACAGAGACAGAGACAGAGACAGAGACAGAGACAGAGACAGAGAUAGGGAUAGGGAUAGGGAUAGGGAUAGAGACAGAGGAGACAGAGAACGGGCACGUGACCGAACCCGCGAACGAGAUCGAGACGUUUCGAUCGACGAUAGCGUGGUGCCUCUCGACGAGCGUCCAUUGUCUGCUCCCACGGGCUGGGAUGUCAAGGCUCGAGGAUAUGAGCGGGUCAGUUCUGAGCUGGCCAAACGAUCGGGUCUGUUUCCGUUACCGGGACGUCCCACCCAAGUCAACUAUAAUGUGUUGAGGGGACUGGUGGAAGGUCUGCCUGAUCAGCCCACGGACCACGAGACGGCAGCAAUGAUGCCUCUGGUGGACACGGGACCCAUCAACAACGGUAAGGGAUCUGUUCGACCUGAGUUUUCACGGGUGGCGCGAAGACUGAUUCUGAGUGGUAUUCCUGCCGAUCAGAUCGACACGGUGGCCAUCAAGAGCUUCUUCACAGACUUCAUCGAGGGUCUGGAGCUGCAGGGAUCCAAGGAACGGAUUGUGGACGGAGUUUACAAGCAUCCUCGUCUCCCCGAGGUGUUAGUGGAGUUCUUUUCUGCGGAAAUGGCAACCUUAGCCCUGGCUCUGUCUGGUCUAGGUAUCAAUUACUCGGGACCCCCCAUUAGUAUACGACGACCGUCCAACUACAUUUGUCCUACGCCAGAGAGAAGCGAAGUUUCAAGAAGAUCGCUGGACGAGGAGAAGGAGGUGGCUUCUGUGGUGGAGGACUCCAACACGAAAAUCAUUGUGUGGGAUAUUCCGUUCAACGUAGAAGAGGACCAGGUGCGACAGCUGACAGCAUCGUUCGGUGAGCUUUCUGCAUUCCAGCUCAUUCGACAGCUGCCGUCUCGGGAGUCGGCGGGCAUUGCUCUGGUGGACUACAAGGACCCCGAGGUGGUCAAGGACGCCGUUUCAGGGCUGUCAGGACAGGUGAUUGGUGGAAAGAACCUCAAGGUAAUGCUAGCAUGUGAAGGACCCACGCAGUUGUCGUGUUCGUCCAACAACGGGUUGAAGGGAAUUGUGACGGUCAUGAAUGACGUCAAGAGCCGGCCGGAGUCGUCGGUCAUUGUUCUGUUCAACCUGGUGACUCUGGACGAGCUGCUGGAUGAUGUGGCCUACAGAGAAAUCACCGAGCAGGUCGAGUCCGAGUGUCUCAAAUAUGGAGGAGGAGAAGAGGUCCAAAUCAAGAUCCCACGACCUGACCCCGAGGCCAUGAAGGCGUCGUAUCGACGGCUAAUCUUUGAGACUCGUCCAGGUGUGGGAAAGGUUUACGUCAAGUUUGCCAGUGUGGAAACGAGUCGAGUGGCGAUGCAGAAGUUGACGGGCCUGCGGUUUAGCAGGAGAAGUGUCAUUGCGAGUUAUUACUCGGAGGAGUGUUUUGACAUGAAUGUGUUUUAG